AUGGGCUAUGCCAAGAAAUACGACGAGUGGCUUGGCGCGGAGCGUCUCUGCUCCAGGGCCAUCGAGGGAUCCCAGGCCCUGUUUGGUGCCGUCAUCCCACCCAUGGCAAAAAAGUACCUCCGCAUCAAUGCGAAGGUCUUCGCUCGGCUGAACCCAGGCUUUUGCCCCUGGGUUCUUGCCGAGAAGGAGUAUCUCGAGGCGACAAAGGACUGCAAGGACAGGAUCACGUGGUCCCUGCCGCACCAAGAAGGUCACGUGCACUACUCCCUGCCCGUUUUUAUGGACGACAGGCCCGCCCAAUUUGGUUGCAAUGCCUUCCACUACUAA